CCACUCACCCACGUGGUGAGAUCUAAUUGGGGGCGUGACCAUCCCCUCCAUAUAAUACAGAGCUUCCCUACCAAAUUACAGCAACAGCAUGCAGUGACAGAGUGAUGUCUUUGACUCCAAAGUUUUGGAAGCCAGGGGAUAUCAAGCCUGGCUCCUCUGUUGAGUUGGAGCGUGUGGGUCAGGGGAAUGAGGGGGCGGGAAGUCUAGUCACAUACAACGCCCACCUUAACCUCAGUGUGACGCAGCAGAGACAGAGACUACCAAUAUUCCAGUACAGGAACCAGAUAUUGUAUCUGGUGGAGAGUUAUCGUGUGGUGAUUAUAGUAGGAGAGACUGGUAGUGGGAAGACCACUCAAGUACCCCAGUAUCUGCACGAGGCAGGAUGGGCUGGCAAUGGGUUCAUGAUAGGGGUCACACAGCCGAGGCGGGUCGCCGUGACAACUGUAGCUUCAAGAGUGGCGGAUGAGAAGGGGGCAGUACUGGGUCAUGAGGUUGGCUACUCCAUUCGGUUUGACAGCUGCUGUGAUGUGAAGGCCACUAGGAUCAAGUUCCUCACAGAUGGUAUGCUGGUUAGGGAAAUGAUGAGAGAUCCUCUACUCAGCAAAUACAGUGUCAUCAUGUUGGAUGAAGCCCAUGAAAGGACACUGCACACUGACAUUAUUGUAGGACUGCUCAAGAAGAUCAUGAAGAAGAGAGAUGACCUCCACCUCAUAGUGUCGUCAGCUACUGUAGAUGCUGAGUUGUUCAGGUCAUUCUUUGAGACCAACACUACUGGUGAUCGUCAUAGUGACACUGCCACCAUCAUCACCCUCGAGGGACGUACCUAUCCAGUGGAGGUGCUGUACACAACACGCCCAGUGGCAGACUAUCUCACAGCCAGUGUGGAGACAGUGCUGGCUCUACACAGAGGGGAGAAGCCAGGGGAUGUGCUCGUGUUCCUAACUGGACAGGAGGAAGUUGAGAGAGGAGUGGAGCAACUCAAGGAACAUGCUGCUCGUGCUAAUAAGGGCAUGCAGUUGCUGAUCCUGCCACUGUAUGGAGGACUGCCUUAUGCAGAACAGCUCAGAGUGUUUCAUAGGACUCCUCGGAACACACGCAAAGUGAUAUUGGCCACCAACAUUGCAGAGACCUCAGUGACUAUAGCUGGCAUUGUGUACGUGAUUGACUGUGGAUUUGUCAAACUGAAAGCUCUCUCAUCAGAAACCAACUUAGAGUCCCUGGUGGUUGUUCCCAUCUCCCAGUCCUCUGCCAGACAGAGAGCAGGGAGGGCUGGGAGGUUGCGCUCAGGCAAGGUCUAUAGACUCUACUCAGAGGACAGCUAUGAUAAGCUACAAGUAUCCAGUGUCCCUGAAAUGCAGCGCAGUCACCUCUCUCCUCUGGUGCUGCAGCUCAAGGCCCUCGGGGUUGAUAAUGUGCUCCGGUUCCAGUUCCUCUCUCCUCCACCAGCUCACAACCUACUGCAAGCACUCGAGCUACUCUACGCCCUGGAAGCAAUCAAUGACACGAGUGACCUCUCGCGACCCCUGGGGGAACAUAUGGCAGAGUUCCCUCUUAAUCCAAUGUUUGCGAGGAUGCUCCUGCAAUCAGAUCAGUUUGGUUGCUCUGAGGAAGUGUUGACUGUAACAGCCAUGCUACAGAUACAUCACGUCUUCACAGUUCCCAGUAGAGCCAAGGGAGCUGCUGCUACAGCUCGACGCAUGUUCUGUGUGUAUGAGGGAGAUCACCUGACACUACUCAAUAUAUACAGAGCCUUCAUUAGAUACAACAAGAACUCGAGAUGGUGUCAAGAGAACUACCUCAAUUACAAAGGAUUGUGUCGCGCUGUUAGCAUUCGUGAGCAGCUCAAGAAACUGCUGCAUCGUUUCAAAGUCAAACUAGUCUCCUGUGAAGAUGACCCCCUCCCAGUGCAGAGGUGCAUAGUGUCUGGGUUCUUCUCCAAUGCUGCUAGACUACAUUACAGUGGUAGUUACCGCACUGUGCGAGGAGACCACACCCUCCACAUACACCCGUCCUCUGUACUCUAUGAGCAACCUGCUCCACAAUGGUUGGUAUUUAAUGAAGUGAUACAAACCUCCAAGCAUUUCAUGAGGGACGUGUCAGUGAUUGAGCCUGAGUGGCUGUAUGAGCUGGCACCACACUUCUACCAUUACGGAACUGAGAGACAGCUGGCAGAGGCAAAGAGGAGACGAACUGAUCAGAGAUAAUGCAUUAAUCAUUAUUGUUCAUUAUCAUUAAUUCUUGAGAAUUUAAGUA